CGCGGCGCGGCGGGGGUUUGAAUCGCGGGGCAGAAACGGUCGGACGGAGGUGCAGCGGGCGCGGAGCCGCCUGGCCGGCCGAGAUGAGGCGCAGCGAGGUCCUGGCCGGCGAGUCGGUGGCCUGCCUGACCCAGGCGCUGAGCCACCUGCGCGGCAUCUGGGAAGAGAUCGGCAUCCCGGAGGAGCAGCGGCUGCAGCGCACCGAAGUGGUCAAGAGGCACGUCAAGGACCUGCUGGAGCAGAUGGUGGCGGAAGAGGAGAGCCUCCGGGAGCGGCUGCUGAAGAGCAUCGCGCUGUGCCGGAGGGAGCUGGCCGCGCUGUGCCAGGAGCUGCAGUUGGCGCCCUUCCAGGAGGAGGAGGAGGCCACCAUCCUGCAGCUGGAGAAAGACCUGCGCACCCGGGUGGAGGUGAUGCUCAAGCAGAAGCGCGAGAGGCGGCAGGAGCUGCGUGUCCUGCAGGAGCGCGACCAGGAGCUGGCGGAGCUGCUAGGCCGGGCGCCUUACAGCAUCGGCAGCAGCGAGGCUGUGCCCAGCCUGGCGGACCUGGACCACUUCCGGCGCCACCUGGCAGCCUUGGCAACUGAGAAGGAGCAUCGGCAGGCAGAGUUUGUCCACCUGAAGCAGCAGGUUGUCCUCUGCAUGGAGGAACUGGAGCGGGAGCCCAGCACCACCUUUGAGCGAGAGGCCAUGUGCCAGGAUGCAGGCGCCUUCUGCCUCUCCCUGAACAACUUGGCUGCCUUGAAGGAUCUGCUGCAGCAGCUGGAGGACAGGAGAGCUCAGAAAGAGGCCGUAUGUGAAGAACUGCGCUGCCGCAUCCUGAUGCUCUGGGACUGGCUGCAAGUGCCUCCCGAAGAGAGAACCGCCUUUGCUCCGUACAUGGAGGGCUCCAGAGCCAGCAUUAUGGACGCUCUGCACCUGGAAGUCGACCGCUUGGAACAACUGAAAUGCCAGAAUCUGCAGAAGGUGGUGGAGGCCAUUCGGGCUGAGCUGGCCACUUAUUGGGACAAGUGCUUUUUUGGGGAAGAGCAGAGGUGCUCCUUUGGCCCCUACUAUGAAGACACCUUCACUGAAGAGUUGUUGCAGCAACAUGACAAUGAGCUCACACGACUGAAGCAUUAUUACAAGACACAUCAAGAGCUGUUUGAAGCAAUCCACAAGUGGAAGAGAAGCUGGUGUCUCUUUCAGGAGCUCGAGAAAAAAGCCACCGAUCCAAGUCGCUUCACCAACCGAGGAGGCAACCUCCUGAAAGAAGAGAAACUGCGUGCUAAGCUGCAGAAGACCCUUUCCAAGUUGGAGGAGGAGCUGAAGGUCCAGGUUGAGCUGUGGGAGCAAGAGCAUGCUCAGGACUUCCUAGUAAGUGGGCAGCGCUUCAUGGAGCAUGUGGCUGAGCAGUGGCACCUCCAUCAUCUGGAGAAGGAGAAGGAAAGGCAGGAACGGCAACUCAAAAAGUCCCGACAGACGGAGGAGGAGAUGCUCUAUGGCAGCACCCCCACCAAGAGACGGGCUUUGGGCAUCGCCACACCUGGCAAAGCACGAAAGCUCAACACUACCACCACGACUCCCAACAGCACCAUCCGCUCAGCCCUGAGAGGUUCGGUGUUAAACUCCCCCGGAUGCCACCCACCCCUGUCUGGAGGCAAGCCUGUCCGGACCCCCAUCCGUGUGGUUGCCAAGACCAAAGGCCAGAUGGAGCGCAACAAGGAGAACGUGUCUCCAAUCAACAGAACAGUUCUGAGCGGUGGGUGUACCCCGACAGCCCCUGCCCAGCGCAAUGGCAGUAUUUACUCUAUUGCCAGCACCUAUUCAGCAUUUGCGCGCGCACUUUCAGAGGCUUCCAAAUCUGAGCACCCGUCCCACGUCCUCAACUCCACGGCUUCCAAUCCUGACGGCUGAAGGGGGGCUGUUACCAGCCCUGGAUCCUCUCACCAUCCAGGGUCCAGCAUCAACUGGACCUUCUGGAGUCUGGUUUAUGCUGCCAUUUUUAACUCUUUUUAAUGAAUUGAUUUCCAAGUUUUGUUACAGGGAAUAAAGGUCUAGAUGCAGCAGCUGUUCUGGGCCCAGGCCUGCUGCCUUGUUCAUGGGGGAGGGUGGGCAGGGGGGAGCAGACAGAGGUUUGCCUCCCUCCUUUCCUUGGGCAACCUUGUCCACCCAGGCCUGCUUUUCAGCAGAUGGUCUCCUGCUCAUCUUGGGCACAGGAAGUGGAGACACUACAGGGAGUCCUAUAAGGAUGCAUCACCUCCCUCUUCACCGACUGGCCCGUCUCCUGACUGGGCUAAGAGGCUGGCAUCCCUGGCACUUCGUCUGUACAUUUAAUGAUCAUGGCUAAAUUUGCACCUUCUUCACUACAGCAGCCUCUUAUUUAUUUGUGUGGCUGUUCGCUUGCUCAGAGAUGUAGGUGAGCAGCAAAAAAUCAGUUGUACUGUUUUGAAAAAGCUGUUUUUUAUUUCUGACUUAGCUCUACAUAAAAGAUAAUUUUAUUCUGCA